AUGCAAUUCACUACUACGCUCGUCGCCCUGCUCAGCGCAGUCUCUGCCGUUACCGCCAUCGCAGGCACGACAGCCGAUAAACCCGAUGUCAACUCGCCGGAGUACCAGCUCAAGAUCAAAAAUUUGCUUAAGAAGCAGUUCCCAAACGGAAGACCCUCUACUCAGCCGAAAAAACAAAUCAAUCAGUCUUUUGGAGCAUUCGCCUGUGCGAUAUGCGCCUGGGGCUGUGGUGAUGCGCCAGGUGGCUGGGCCUGCGACUGCUGCUACCCAGGCGGCGCAUGCGACCCUUGCUAG